UGUCAUUGGUGCCAGUUGUGUGAGUUUUCGAGGUUUCGUAGAAUGCGCUUCUACUUUGUAUUUUGUCUUCUGUUAUCGGCCUUCAUGGUCAAUUCAGCACAGGUUUCUAAUUUAGCUCGAUAUGACCACUUUCGGCUUUAUCGUUUGUUUAUUGAAACCGAAUUGCAAGUGAAAAUAUUGCAGCAACUGGAAGAUAGAAGCGAUAGCUAUUCCUUCAUGGGCCAUGCAAGGCAAGUCAAUCAAAAUCUGACGAUUAUGGUCGCACCGCAUAAGAUCGCGGAAAUAACCGAAUUGUUGGAAAGGUUCGAACUCCAGGGAACGGUUCUGCUGUACAACAUGCAAGAGUUGAUUGAUAGGGAGCAACUUACAAUCAAACCAAAAACUACUCCACCGGCAGAGUUUAACUGGCAGUACUACCAUCAUUUGACUACGAUCAACCAGUGGCUGCAGCUCCAAGUAAAUACGUAUGGAUACCUGGAGCUGAUUCCGCUGGACGAAAGCUACGAACAUCAGCAGCUGGUGGGUGUUAAGCUAGCCAAAAAUCCAGAAAACACCGCAAUCUUUCUCGAAUGCGGGAUUCACGCACGCGAGUGGAUAUCCCCUGCGAGUUGUACAUUUGUGCUAAAUGAACUGUUAACUUCGACACGGCCGGAUGUACGGAAUUUAGCUGACAAUUUCAACUGGUUUAUUUUUCCCGUUGUCAAUCCGGACGGGUAUCGGUAUACGUUCGAACGGGACCGUCUUUGGCGCAAGAAUACCAGACCAUACGGUCUCUGUCUGGGAGUGGAUUUAAAUAGAAACUUUGCAAGCGACUGGAAUGGUCCAGGGGCUAGCUCUGACCCGUGCCGGUACGAUUUUGCUGGCGGCAGCGAAGUGAGUGAACCGGAAACUCAGGCAUUGACAAAAUUUCUACGCGCGAAUGUGGCUGAGCAGCGCAUCCGAACGUACUUCUCGAUUCACUCCUUCUCUCAGUUAAUCAUGUUUCCGUACGGCUACACUACCGAAAGGGCGCAUAACUACAAUGAUUUGGUAGCGAUAGGCAAAAAGGGAAGCAAAGCAAUAGAAGAUACGCAUAGUAAGAAAUAUCGUUCAGGCGCUAUGAUAGAAACGAUUUAUCCAUCAUCCGGGGAUAGUGUUGAUUGGGUUUACAGCGCGCUCGACAUACCGAUUGCCUACACUUUCGAGCUCCGCGGGGCUCCUGAUAGUACCAAUAUGUUCGUGCUUCCCGCCGAUGAAAUAAUUCCCACAGCCGAGGAACUGCUGGCUGCACUAGUUGCAAUGCUGGAAGAAGCGACACGCUUAGGAUAUUAUUCAACUGGAGGAAAUAAAAUGGAACUAUAG